CUGAGCUGUGAGGGUCUGUCAGAGAGAGUGCACACAUAGCAAACCGUCGAAUUAGCAUCAUAUCGCUGUUAGCAAAGCCCAGUAGCUAGCGGAGAGACAAACCUGGUCAUGGAGGAGCACAGCCUGACCUGCACCAUCUGCUUGGACCGGUUCACAUGCCCCGUGACGAUCCCUUGUGGCCAUACCUUCUGCCAGGAAUGCAUAUCGAAACACUGGGAUCAGAUGGAGCGAGGUGGAUCUCCGAAUACAUUGUUCAACUGUCCGGUUUGCAAAAUGACAUUCUCCCCGAGACCCACCCUGAACAGGAACGUGUCCCUGUCCGUUUUGAGCGAAGUGGCCGCCAGCAGUGCAGCAGAGAGAGUUGCAGGUGCUGCGUGUAGAAUAGACCGAGUCGAAGACGGCUCUGAGGAGCUCUGCGGUCGCCAUCAAAAGCCUCUUCUCUUCUACUGCAGGAGCGAUCGUGUGUGUGUGUGCUGUGUGUGCUCUGUGAAAGAGUGCAAAGACCAUGACAAGGUGCUGGUGGAAGAGGAAAGGAGUGACCGAGAGGAGACACUGAAGAAGAAGGGCACGGAGAUCGGAAAGUGCAUGGAGGAUGCAGAGAAGAACAUCCUGGUGCUCUCAGAAAAUAUCACUGACGCUAAGGUGUCACUGCAGCAGACGUCUCAGUGGGUGAGCACAAAGUUUUCACAGCUGCUGAAGGUGCUGGCGGAGAAACAGGAAGUGACGCAGAAUUUCUUGGACCAGCAGCAGGCCAGCACCGUGUCUCAGGCUGAGGUUCGGCUCAGCAACCUGCAGGAGAAACUUCAGCAGCUCGGAGAGCUACAGGAGCAGAUCAGCAGCCUCUGUGCCCUCCCCAACUGCCAGUUCAUUCAGGACUCCAGGCUGGUGGAGGUCCCUCAGAUGGGUUCAGUUCCUGUAGACGUCAGUGUCAACCUUCAAGAGAAGCUGAAUCCGGUCACAGACGUCCUGUCUCGUAUCUCAAAGCUGGUGUGUGAGGAUCUGGAUAAAGCCGUUAAUGCAGCUGUGAGCCACAGCAAAGAAGGCUCUCCUCAAGACAAGAGACCGAUGCUCGCUGUUGUGCCAAGUCCAGCCACUCCACCUUAUCCAACAGGAAAGGAAGGCCUCACUCAAUACCGUUGUUCAUUGACCUUUGACCAUCGCACGGCCAACGCUCACCUCAUGCUUUCUCAGAACAACCAGCGGGCGGAGCACCUGACCACGGGGCCUCAUCCAGUGCCCCCUGAAGCAGCGCGUUUUGACCACACCUGGCAGGUGUUGUGCUUGGAGAAUUUCACACACGGUCGCCACUACUGGGAGCUGGAGGUGUCCAAGCCUUGGGCGUACGUAGGUGUGACGUACCCGGACAUCCCACGCAAGGAGAAAGGCAGGACGUCCAUGCUGGGAAUGAAUGAACUGUCAUGGAGCCUGCAGCUGAACGAGCGCCAGCUCACGGCUUGGCACGGCAGCCAUGGAGAGACUGUAACAGGUGAGCUGCAGUUAAACAAACAGCCUCUGCGCAUUGGCAUCCUGCUGGACUAUGAGGAAGGCACUCUGGCUUAUUAUGCGGAGAACCAAGUGAGGCUGCACACCUUCCACUGCAUCUUUGCCCAUGAGCUCUAUCCUGCCUGCUGGAUUGGCGAGGGCGUCAGCGUCACACUCUGCCCAGUGUGAAUGUCAACAGCUUUUCUAAACAAACUGCGCAGAACUGAACUUCAGAAACGCUGUCAUUCAGCUCAUUAAACAAUUUCAAUAACCCCAGUUCCAAAAAAGUUGGAACGCUGUGUAAAAUUUAACUAAAAACAUAAUGCAAUGAUUUGCAAAUCAUGGAAACUCUAUAUUUUGUUGAAAAUAGUACAAAGACAACAUAUCAAAUGUUGAAACUUAUAAAUCUUAUUGCUUUUUCAAAAAAUACAUGCUCGUUUUGUAUUUAGUGCCAGCAACAUGUUUCGAAAACGUUGGGACAAGUCUUUCCAGCAAAAGACUGGAAAAGUUGUGUAAUGUUUGGGGGGGGAAAAAAAAACCUAAUUGGCAACAGGUCAGUAACCUGAUUGGGUAUAAAAAGAGCAUCUCGGAGAGGAAAAAUGGGGAACGUUUCAGAAAACCAUCGUCUGUGAAAACUAUUCAUUACUGCAUCCACAAAUGCAAGUUAAAACCAGAUACAAACAAUAUCCAGAAACACCGCCGCUCUUUUAUGAUGGACUGAGGCGAAGUGGAAAAUUGUCCCGAGGUCUGACGAAUCAAAAGUAGAGAUUCUUUUUUUUUUUUUUUUUAGAAAUCAUGGACACCACGUCCUCCAGGCUAAAAAGGAGAGGAGCCAUCCGGCUUGUUAUCAGCGCACAGUUCAAAAGCCAGUAUCUGUGAUGGUAUGAGGGGGCAUUAGUGCACAUGACAUGGGUAGCUUGUACAUCUGGGAAGGCAUCAUUAAUGCUGAAUGAUAUAUACAUGUUUCAGAGUGAUAUGCUGCCAUCCAGACAAAAUCUUUUUCAAGGAAGGCUUUCGUUCUUUCAGCAAGACAAUGCCAAACUGAAUUCUGUACAUAUUACAACUGCAUGGCUCCAGAGUAAAAGAGUCCGGGUGCUAAACUGGCCUGCCUGCAGUACAGAACUAUCUCCCAUUUAAAACAUUUGGGGACCCCAAACUGUUGAGCAGCUGAAAUUGUAUAUUAGGCAAUAAAGGAACUAUAUUUUACUUUCAAAACUACAGUAGUUAGUCUCCUCAGUUCCCAAAAGUUAAGAGUGUUGUUAAAAGUAGAGGUGAUGCAACACCGUGGUAAACAUGCCCCUGUCCCAACUUCUUUUUAAAAUGUGUUACUGGCAUAUAUGUUGUCUUUGUACUAUUUUCAGUGAAGUAUAGGGUUUCCAUGAUUGACAACUCCUUUAUUUAUUUAUUUUUGUGUGUGUUUAUUUAUUUAUGUUUUACACAGUGUCCUAACUUUUUGGGGGUUGGAACUAAUUUAGCUCUGUAGCAAAUGAACAAGCACUCCAUAGGGUCACUUAAUUUCACUAGAGUAGGGAAGUAGCUCCAGGCCUCCAAGAAGUAUUGUGAGGAUCCUCACCAGUAACAAACGCUCCGAGACAAAGCCAUUUCCUGAAACCUAGACUUUUAUUCGAAAAACAAACUCGAGGCGUUGUACUCAAAGACAAAGAACUCUUAAAAGCCAGAUGCUCCAGCACAACUAACUUUUUAUUUAAUAACGUGAACAGUCUUGUUCACUCAUAUACUUUUUUUCUUAUGCUACAUUUCUCAAGUUAUCCAUCGUGUUAGUUCAUGCACUUUAUUCACCAUGGUGUCAAAAUACGGGACGUUUACCUUCUCAAACAACUUUACCUGAUAAUGGUAAGCACAUCGUUCAUUCCUUUCACACAUUUACUCAUUUUGUUCAGUAAUCUGAAAAUUAUUCUUCUGUAAAUAAUCUUAAACAUUUAGGACAAAUUUGUUCCUUCUCACGACACACAGAUGUUUGUUGUGGUCAUGUGGUACAGUGUCUAUGCUCAUUGGUCUCGGUGAAUAGGGAGGAGUCAUGGUGCUCUGUUUUAUUCAAAUGCAAAUGUUUCUUAAUCAAAUUGCAACCAGAGACAAAUCAAAAUUGUGAUUUUUUUUUUGUGUGUGCAGCAUUACUCCUAUAAUAAUAAUAUUACCUGUACAAUAUACAGUGCUCUCUACAACUAUUGGCACCCCUUGUAAACAUUAGUAAAAAGGGCUAGAGAAAAAAAAUCCACCUUUUGGUGAAGUCGCUUCAUAUCACUGAAAAAAACGAGAGAAUUCCAACCUUUCAUAAUUAUUUGCACCCCUUGUAAAGAUUUAGUUUUUAAAAAAAUGGUUCGCUGACUACAGAAUCAAGCUUCUGCCAUGGCCAUCUCAGUCCCCUGACCUGAACUCCAUUGAAAACCUGUGGAGUGAGCUGAAGAAUAGAGAGGGCCGAGGACCCUGGACAAGAACCUGGAGAGACUGUGUAAAGAGGAACGGUCUCCGAUGCCCUGCUAUGUAUCGCUAACCUUAUAAAAUGUUAUAGGAGAGACUCAGCGCUGUUUUACUGCAAAGAAGGUUGUACAAAGUAUUAAAUGCAGGGGUGCCAAUAAUUAUUUCUUGAUGAGGGAUUUGUUUUACUUCUCAUGAAUUUUCAAUUAAAGGUUGGAUUUUUCUGUUUGUUUGGGGGUUUUUUUCCGUAUGAGAUGAAGCUAUUUCACCAAAAGGUGGAUUUUUUCUUUCUGAACCCUUUUUACGAAUGUUUACAAUGGGUGCCAAUAAUUCUGGAGGGCAUGGUAUGUAUUCAGCUAGUAAUCAGGUUUAUUACGGUGGUGAUUUUUGACUCAGCCUGACCUCUGGUUGUCACAUUGCUGCCUAGAUGCUGUGUAAAUAGUGUUUUAUUUCAACCCAGCAUAUUUACAUUACUCUCCUUCCCUUCUGUGAAGGGAUUUUUUUUUUUUCAAUGGACCAAACGUGAAGCACAUUGAUUGAUUUGAUUCAUGUAUGAUGUUAAAUUAACCCUUUUCUUUUUUAUUGCGACUAUUAACGUGUAGAUGAGCUUCGAACAGCAAACAGACCGGGCUGAUUGUAGAUCUGUUACAAAGACACUGGGACGUUAGGAGAGGCGCGUACACACGCAUCCAGAAAGUGAUAAAUGCACUCUGAUUAUCUAGCAAGUCGAUGAACCAGUUCAAAAGGAGGAAAAGACUUUAAAUAUAGGCCAACUGUCGCAAUAGUAAUGGAAUCUGUACUGCACCCUGAAGAGUGUGUGUAUUUUAAAAUGUUUGUUUGCUGUUUAAAAAAAGACAACCCUGUAAACCGGUCCAUGUUUAAUUUAAUAAAAUACAUCCAUUAUACAUGUUA